AUGGCCUCAGAACCGCCAGAAGAGGCGCUGCACUUCCGGGGCAAGACGUUGACGCCGGAGAGCCCGCGUCCGCUGCACAUCGCAGAGCCAUCGAAUAUACCCCUCCUACAGAACCAGAUGGACGCCGCCUACCAUGACACUUCGUCCCUGGAGAGCAUCCCGGACGUCAAGGAACCCACGCUGAAUCCGGCGCUGGUGGGACAGGGUGUACAGCCGGCAGAUGGCCAGUUGGCGAACCAUGCGUACUCGCUGUUGCAGAGCGAACUGGGGCAGAUGAGCUCGACCGGUGCUGAUAUCACAGGUAGUUUCCCUGGAUCUAAUACUAAGACGGGGGGCAUAUUAUCAGAGAAUGAAUCGAUCUUCACUUCUGCUACUAGUCGUGACGAGGUUUUAACAAGUUCACUUUCAUCUUCAGUGCCUGAUCCUGAUCCUGACCCCAACCCGGACCUUAAUCCUGAUACCGCUCCUCCCCUUGCCCGUAUCGCCGCCACGGAGGAAGAUAAUACAACCGCCCAACCUGUAUCCAACCAUCUUCUAGGACGUCCUGAUGCCCUCGACGUAUACCAAGCUGCUCCUGGCCCUUCACUUGCUUCGUAUGAUUACCAGCAGCCAGAAGCAUGCGCACAGCCGGCAACUGCUGGCUACUCUAUAGCUACAGCUGCUCAUAACUCAGGUGAUAUAAACUCUGAUAUCUCUCAAUCUUCACUUCUCAAUGCGGCUGUCAGCUAUCAGAGCCUUCUUGAUAGCAAUGUGCCCUCAUCAUAUAUUACUACCAGCACCGCUGCCACUACCUCCAGUGCGGCCCAUCCAGCAGCAGAGCCCAUAAACCAGCCCACUCAAAAUACCCUUGGUGACGUUCCCAUGUCUAACUUACCCGUAUCUUACCUGUCUGCACUUCCCCCUCGCCCACCGGCCCAUGAAAGUGAGACCAUCCAACCAAGUCAAGAAAAAGGCCACGAUGCCUCAUCUAAAGAAAUCUCACAAAAUGAUAAGAGUAAUAGCAAGCCCCAAAGCGGAUAUCCGCCAGCAGUGGACCCCGAUAUACCAGCUCCCCCUUCAAACCCUGAAACGCUUCAGCAAACGCCAUUAAAGUCUCAUUCUAGGAAAGUAUCUGGCAGUUCACGAAAGAGAGAUAGCUAUGAUGAGUACAUUGAAAAGAAUGACCUGCAGGACGAUACCCCAUGGGGUCCAGAAAUUCAGAAGAAGUAUGAUGACUUCCUCCGUGAUGAACGUAUAUAUGUCACAGAGGCGCAUUGGGACCGAUUUCCUGCUGGAUCACGUUUAUUCAUAGGCAACCUACCCACGGAGCGAGUAACCAAACGGGAUCUGUUCCAUAUAUUUCAUAUGCAUGGAAAACUAGCCCAGAUAUCGAUAAAGCAAGCCUAUGGUUUCAUCCAAUUCUUAGAACCAGACUCCUGCCGGAAAGCAUUAGAGGCUCAGCAGGGAGCUACUCUAAGGGGCCGAAAAAUUCACCUUGAAAUAUCAAAGCCGCAAAGAGGUCCUCGCAACUCUGGCCCUACGGAGCCUAGCGGACGUAACCAGAGAAGGUCGAGGUCACCAGAAUACGAGAGAAAUAGAGAGCCACUCCGUGGAGGUCGUUCAGCCGCUGAUCGAUAUGACAGAGGCCAGGGUAGGCUCUCGAUCAGUGAUUUCAGAGAAAAGGACCAACACCGAUACCGUGACAGAACUUCACCAUCCCCUUCCCCGAGAGGUCCCCGUCGAGACUCUUAUCACUCUAGGGAACGCAGCUUUGACAGAUAUGAUCGUCGAGAGAGACGACGGUCGAGGUCACGUUCACCCCGACCCCGAAACGCACGCUACCGUAGCCCCAGCCCAAGAGACAAAGGGUAUGACAGUGAAUCUGACCUGCCAAUCCCAAGAAGAGACCCGCGUAAUGUCCCUGAAGUCCAGGUUAUUAUUCUAGAAAACGCAGACAAUGAGUUUGUGUACCGGGUUGAGAAUGCUUUCCGAGAUCGUGGUCUCAGGUGUGACGUAUUAAUUCUAAGCCCACGAAUCCGGCUCUCCGCCGUCGUUCGCCGUCAGGUAAUGGAAGGUGUCCUCGCCAUUGUCCGCAUUUCAAAAGUAAACCAGUACUCUGGAAAGAUACCAUUGCAGAUAUUUGACCGGACUGGCGGAAUGGGCAACGUACGGUUCAACGAAUACUCUGAACUCGACCUCAGCUUAGCAGCCGAAGUCGUCGUUCAUGCCCGUAACUCCCAGAAACCAAACCUGAUGCAGCUGCAACCACAAUUAUUACCUGUUGCCUUGCCUCCUCAACCUAUCCAACAACCACUGCCAGCCCAAUCAGAACAGGCCGCAAUUGCCAACCUUCUAUCAACCCUUGACAGUUCCACGCUCCAUUCGCUGCUCAAUUCCUUGAACCAACAGCAACAAUUGCAAGCACAACAGCAGCAGCAGACCCGUCAGUUUCAAUCACAACCGCUGCCUACGACUGCACCACCGUUAAAUUCAACUAAUCUCGCGGCACUUUUGGGUAACUUGACACGUCCAAGUAAUGCCAAUCCACCGCCUAUUCCAACCACGACUCAAAGCGCCCAAUUUGCACCUCCUCCAAAUCCAAUCCCACACCCCAGUACGAACUUAGCUUCACUCCUAUCAAAAGGCCCAGGGAAUGACGCGCAGCUCCCCCAACCACAGGCCAAUAUGCAAGUGCAGCAAAUUAUGGAACAAUUGAUGAAAUGGAAACAAUAA